GUCGUAGAAACCAUCCGCUUCUCCGACGACGAGCCCUUGCCUCCCAACGCUGCCGCUGCCGCCGCCGCCCUACAAAACGUCGUCGUCAAAACCGUCCCGGAGCGCCAGGCUGUCACCUCAUCGGAGUCUGUCUCCCAAUUUGCGGUCCUCGUCGGAGUGCGGGCCCCACCCUUGCCGGAGAUCCACCAACGGGCGCCGAUUGACCUCGUCGCGGUCCUUGAUGUUAGCGGUAGCAUGCACUUCUCGAAGCUGUCUCUUGUUAAACGUGCCGUCGAAUUUGUCAUCGACAACUUGGCUUCCUCCGACCGCCUCUCGAUAGUGUCGUUCUCGACCCUGGCCCACAGGAUAUUCCCUCUUCGGAGAAUGACGGACCAGGGCCGAGAGGACGCCAAACGCGCCGUCAACUCUCUCUCGGCGGAUGGGGCCACCAACAUCGCCGAAGCUCUUAAAAUGGGAGCUCGAGUCCUCGAAGAAAGACGUCACCGAAACCCCGUACCGAGUGUCAUAUUCCUCUCCGACGGAAACGACUCAUACAACUUCGGUAGAGACGGCGGCGCCCGGGCCUUUCGAUUCCCGUCCGUCUGUCCGGUGCACGCGUUCGGUUUCGGCACGGACCACGACCCGGCCAUGAUGCACGCGGUCGCCGACUCGUCGCCGGGAGGCACCUUCUCCUUUAUCGAGUCCUACGAGGCGGUGCAGGACGCGUUCGCCAGCUGUCUCGGCGGCAUCCUGAGCGUCGUGACUCAGGAGCUCCGCCUGACGCUGACGUCAGCGUCCCCUCUGGUGGAGAUCAAAUCGAUCCCCUCUGGAAGCUACGCGAGCGAGGUCUCCGACCACGGGUCCCGAGGCACUGUCGAGGUCGGAGACCUCUACGCAGACGAGGAGAAGCAGUUCCUCGUCAACUUAUCGGUCCCGGCACUCAUAAACGGUGGCAAUACGUCCCUCUUGGACGUCGCAUGUUCUUACAAAAACGCCGUCUCGAACGAGACAGUAAACCUACAUUGCGACCACGUCGAGAUACUUCGACCGACGGGGCCCACGGACGCAACACUAGUGAAUUUGGAGGUCGACAGGCAGAGGAACCGGCUGAGUGCGGCCGACCGGAUUGCGGAGGCUCAGAGAAUGGCGGAUGCCGGGGAUUUCACCGGGGCUCGGAAUGUACUUUCCAACGGGCGGUCGGCGAUUAGGGCUUCGGCGUCGGGACAGGCUGGCGAUGAGCUGGCGGUGUUUCUCGAGGAGGAGAUGAGAGAAACGGAGGAGAGAAUGGGGAAUCGAGGCUCGUACGAGCGAACGGGCCGGGCCUUCGCGCUGGCGAAUAUGAAUUCACAUGCUUGGCAGAGGGCUAACACAAGAUCAGGGGGCCGUAGGAUGGGAGGAGCAGCGCGUGGUGGAUGUGGGCGUGGUGGUGGUUUUAGGGCUUACGUCACUCCACAAAUGACUAAUAUGGUUACUAAGUCUCAGCAGCAUAGUAAAACACAAAAAUAAGAUACUUAUUUUCUCUUGUCAUUCAUUUGUUGCUAUUUCCAGA